AUGAAGAGAAGUAAGCAAAGCUUGAAAGUUGAUGACUCUCGUAAAUUGAAGAUCACAAGACUUUCAAAAGCUUUAUUACUAAACAACAUGAUGCACAAAGCAGGACAUGGAUUUUCUAGGGAAGAUGAAGAUGAUGAUAAGAAGCUCAGUAGUCGUAAAGUCAGCCAUGGAUCCCAUUUGGUGAGUGGACAAAUGGACCAUGGAAUGGAAGAUUAUCUUGCGGCAGAAACUAGAAAAGUAAACGGCCAUCAGUUGGGUUUAUAUGCAAUCUUUGAUGGCCAUUCAGGUCAACAAGUUGCAGAAUACUUGCAAGCUCAUCUAUUUGAUAAAAUACUAAGUCAGCCUGAUUUCUGGGCCGACCCAAAAGAAGCAACUAAGAGAGCUUAUAAAGCUACAGAUGAUGAGAUUUUGGAAAAGGUGGCUGGUUCAAGAGGCGGAUCUACAGCUGUUACAGCAAUACUUAUCAAUGGAGAGAUGCUAAUUGUAGCCAAUGUCGGCGACUCCCGGGCAGUUUUAUGCAGAGAUGGUGUGGCGAAUCAGUUAACUGUAGAUCACGACCCGCAGAAGGAGAAGGAUCUUGUUGAAAGCAGAGGUGGUUGUGUUGUUAAGCUGCCAGGAAAUGUUCCACGUGUGGAUGCACAACUCGCAAUGUCGCGGGCAUUUGGCGAUGGUGACCUAAAGGAGCACAUAACUUCAGAACCAGAUAUCAGCAUCGAGAAAAUCGACACUGAAGUAGACUUCAUUAUAUUGGCAAGUGAUGGUUUGUGGAAAGUGAUGUCGAACCAAGGUGCUUUUGAUUGCAUCAGAGGUAUAGAUGAUGCUCAAGAAGCAGCAGAGAAGUUGACUCAAAAAGCAUUAUCCAGGAAAAGCUACGACGAUAUCUCUUGCAUAGUUCUGGUCUUUGACUAG